AUGGUUGCCAGUAUUGAACAUUGUGUUUAUUGUUUCGAUGUUCUUGUCGCUUACCUUGAAGGAAGAAAGCCUUUGGAACCAGAAUUCGAGAACCUCCAGUUCCCGCUCUUUGUUUCUUGGAAUAUUGUCCAUCAUGGGCAAACUCGUCUGCGCGGUUGCAUUGGUAAUUUUGAACCUUUAUCUCUUCAUUCUGGAUUGAAAGAAUAUGCUAUUACUAGUGCGAUUCACGAUAGGAGGUUUUCGCCCAUCACUAUCCGAGAACUGUCCCAUCUCACUUGCGGGGUAUCAUUGUUGACAAACUUUGAGGACGCCGAAGAUUAUCUUGACUGGGAGAUCGGUGUCCAUGGUAUUUGGAUGGAAUUCGUUGAUGAUCAUAACCGUCGUAGAACUGCUACUUUUUUACCUGAGGUUGCAGAAGAGCAAGGCUGGACCAAAGAAGAAACUAUUGACUCCUGUCUUCGCAAGAGCGGUUUCAAUGGUCGAAUCACGGAUAGGAUUCGAAGUCGUAUAGUACUUACGCGUUAUCAAAGCGUAAAGUGUAUUAUUACUUACCAAGAAUAUCUUCAAUAUACCGUUGAUAACUUGAACCUCAACACAAAACAUGAAAACAGAAAAUCCAAUUCUAAAUUGUAUCUUGAUGAAUUUACUAUUGAUGAAUUGAAUUAA